GUAGCGGGCGCCGCCGCGAAGAGGGCAGCAACCAUGAGCUCCAACUGCGACGUGGUGGUGAUUGGGGGCGGCAUCUCAGGUAUGUCAGCAGCUAAGUUGUUGUUUGAAUCGGGACUUAGUGUUGCGGUUUUAGAGGCUCGUGACAGAGUUGGCGGACGGACUUUUACAAUUAGGAACAAUCAAGUGAAAUAUGUAGAUGUUGGCGGAGCCUACAUAGGGCCUACCCAGAACCGAAUUCUGCGACUGGCUAAAGAACUUGGCAUAGAAACAUAUAAAGUGAAUGUCGCUGAGGCCUUCAUUGUGCAUACAAAUGGGAAAUCCUAUCCAGCCCAUGGUACGUUUCCUGCAGUAUGGAACUUUUUAGUACAUCUAGAUAUUAACAAUUUCUGGAGAACAAUGGACGGAAUGGGGAAAGAGAUCCCCCCUGAAGCACCCUGGGAUGCACCACAUGCCGACGAGUGGGAUAAAAUGACAAUGAAACAGUUUAUUGACAAACAUUGCUGGACAAAAGCUGCCAAGGAGUUUGCUACUCUCUUUGUCAAUGUCAACGUCACUUCUGAGACACAUGAGGUCUCUGCUCUCUGGUUCCUGUGGUAUGUGAAGCUGUGUGGAGGAUCAGCCAGGAUCUUUUCUGUAACCAAUGGAGGGCAGGAGAGGAAGUUUGUUGGGGGUUCUGGGCAGAUAACAGAAAAGAUCAUGGAACAACUCAAAGACAAUGUUAAACUGGAGAGACCUGUAAUCUCUGUUGAUCAGUCAGGCGAUGAUGUCAUUGUGGAGACACUGAACCAUGAGAUAUAUAAGUGCAGGUAUGUGAUUAGUGCCAUCCCACCAAACUUAACCACAAAGAUUCAUUUCAAGCCAGAGCUGCCAACGAAAAGAAACCAGUUAAUUCAGCGCCUUCCCAUGGGCUCUGUUAUUAAAUGCAUGAUGUACUACAAAGAGGCCUUCUGGAAGAAGAUGGGUUUCUGUGGUGGCACACUGAUUAUGGAUGAUGAGGCUCCAAUUUCAGUAACCUUAGAUGAUACGAAACCUGAUGGUUCCAUACCUGCCCUUAUGGGCUUUAUCCUUACAAGAAAGGCCUUUAGACUAGCAGAGCUUAGCAAAGAGGAAAGGAAGAGAAAAAUCUGUGAACUGUAUGCAAAAGUGUUUGGAUCAGACGAAGCUUUACACCCAGUGCAUUAUGAAGAAAAGAACUGGAGUGGAGAACAAUAUUCCGGUGGCUGCUAUGUAGCCUGUUUUCCACCAGGCAUUAUAUCCCAAUAUGGAAGGGUAAUUCGUCAGCCAGCAGGUAGGAUCUACUUUGCUGGCACUGAGACAGCCACCCAGUGGAGUGGCUACAUGGAAGGGGCCGUCCAGGCUGGAGAGAGAGCUGCCAGAGAGAUCCUGUGCAGCAUGGGAAAAAUUUCAGAGAAUGAAAUUUGGGUACCAGAACCAGAAUCAAAGGAUGUCCCGGCUCUCCCAUUUACGACAACAUUUUGGGAGAGGAACUUGCCAUCUGUCCCAGGACUGCUGACCUUUCUUGGAUGUUCUGCCAUCUUCACCUCACUGGCUGCAGCUGGACUCUUUGCCUAUAAAAAGGGAUUUAUCUCUGGAGAGUACAUCUGAAACAACAGUUUCCAUUAUUUCAUGCUGUGAGAAGCUGUCCUUGGGAGUCCUGAAUCAACAAGCCCAAACUGAUUUAAUCUGUGUCCUUUUACAACACAAAAUCAAAUGAUAAUGGAACAAGUGAGGGCCUUUUUGUGGUUCCUCAUUGACUUGCCUUGAUUAAAAGUCAAUGACCUUUCUCUUAUACUAAUGAGAGAACAAACCAGAACAGAGACUUUGCACAUUUCCCAAUGCCUUUUGAAAGCUUCCACUUGUCUUAAUUUGUUUUUUUAAAAAUAAAACUUAUAAUGAACAAAUUGAUGUUAAUUCAGCCAUCUGACUAAAAGAUGUUUUACACCCCAGUUACAGGGUUUGUUUUCCAUAUCGCUGACUUGGUGGUGUGUGUGUGUGUGUGUGCGCGCGCACAUCUGGACCAGUUUUAAUUUGUCUAUGAACUCCUUAAAGUGCGGCUCUCAGAAUUGGACGCUGCACCUCGGAUGAGAUCUGAGUACUUCAGACUAGUUCCUCCCUGCUCGCCCCACCACCCGCAUUACAAAUACAUUUAAUGCUGUUAUUAUGAAAUCUGAAUCAGUAACAAAAUGCUUAAAAUAGAAACUAGGGAAUCAGAGAGUGGUUGUCCUGUCCAAUGUAAACAGCAUUUCCCCCUUUGACACAAGCGAAUGUCCUUCCGCAUUUAUCCUCUCUACAACCCUGUGAGGUAUGUGAAGCUGUGAGACAUAGGCCCAUAUUGACCUAGCAAGCAGAUACUUUGAACCCUGUUCUCAGUCUAAAUUCUGCACUCUCGCCAUUACACCAAACUGGUAAUGCACAAUGAUCGGGUAAGAAAUGGUUCUCUGAAAAGAAAAUAAUUUAUUUCACAGAACCUAUACAGAUUGACAAUCAGACAAAUGCCAAGUUGGCCAUUAAGGGAAUCUGGAUCUGCUUAUGGUUUCGUCACUUAUGGAGAUGGUCUCUGCCUCUUUAUCUCUGUAAUUUAGUGAAAUGUGCCUUUGAACAUCCCCCAAAUUGCCAUUAAAGAAUCCAUUU